UCUGUCAUUAUUAUCAGGUGGCUUUUGGCCUAGAAUUGAACACCUUACAUGAUGAGCAGACACCUUUCCCACAUGCCGUGAACAUGGUCAUGAAAGGGAUGGCUAAUGCACGCAUUCCAUUAUUCGAGUACAUGCCAGGAAAUAGAAAAACUGUGAAUGAGAUUCAGAAAAGCUUGAGACUGCUUCGUCGCACUGGGAAAGAGUGUAUUGAGCAGAGGCGCAAGGCCAUCCAGAAUGGAGAAGAAGUACCCUUGGAUAUUCUCACUCAAAUACUAAAGAAUGUUGCUGAAGAAGGGGACUGUGGUGAAGAAAAUAUGCUGGACAAUUUUGUCACCUUCUUUGUUGCAGGUCAUGAAACCACUGCUAAUCAAUUAUCUUUUACUAUAAUGGAACUGGGACGGCACCCAGACAUAGCUGAAAAACUUCAGACAGAAGUGGAUGAAGUCAUUGGGGUGAAAAGAGACAUUGCCUAUGAAGAUCUUGGAAAGUUUGAGUAUUUAUCCCAGGUCCUUAAAGAAGUCUUGCGAUUAACCCACCAGUGCCAGGCACCAUACGCUGGACGAAACGGAAAAACAUAAUUGAAGGAGUCAAAAUUCCAGCAAACACCGC